UCGCUGAAGCGUCGUGAAACAGACGAGCAUCGUGGUUCUGGUUGCGAAAUUCCAAAGUUGGCUGCGACCAUACCAAACCACGAUUAGUUGAUUUAGACGUUGAAUGUGAUGCACACGCAAUUACCAAAUCGUGUGAAUUGAUGCGCUCAAGUGUCUUCCGAUUUUUUCUGUCAUUUUUUUGUUGUUGAAGCGCGAUUUUGUCCUUGUGGUGACUGGAACUGACUUUGUUUUUGGCUUUGGCAAUUUGGUAGGACUUUGGAUUAAAGAUGACCGUGAUGAAUGGGCAAUAUUUUUGUAUGGUAUUGGUACUUUGGUUCUCGGCCUUGGAUCUCUGUCAACCCAUUAAAGUGGAAUUUGGUACCAGUAAAGGCCCGAUAUUACCCAAGGAGCCGAUAGAAAACGCCGCAGAGCCUCGAACUUUGGUCCCUAGAAGUCCAGCACCAGUCCGGGAAGAGCAGGAAGACAUCCCGAAUCCCAACAGUUACCGUCCACCGAUUCCCCAUCAAUAUCGAACAAAACUCUACUCAUUCAAGCCUAAUCCGAAUCUCAUUCUGGGAACGCCGUUGGAUCAAAAAUAUACUCCAAGUUUGCAAAAGUACAAUCUUCACAGGAAGCAAUAUGCCAGGAAUCUUGGACCUGACUAUACGGGACCUCACACGUUUGAUAGGCAAGACUAUGAACUAUUUGAGGUGAGGAAGACGACUUUACAGCCGUCAGUCAAGUACAGUGAGGAGGAACUUCGGCAUCGAGUCAAGGCGGAGCAGCAGCAAAAAUACGUUCCUCAAAUAGGCGUAGUUUACUCUGGAGGCGUUAGAUAUUAUGUUCCUCAAAUUAUCUAUUUGACGCCCAACAGUGAGAGUGGGGCGGAAGAUAAUUCAGUUUACGACAAAAGUGAUGAAAAAUACUUUGUUUAUAACAAUCAAUAGGCGACUUAUUUAGCACAAUAGAAUGCAGGAUUUUUUUGCCCAAUUGCAAGUGCUGUUUUUCUAAUUCCAGUAUUGAAAAUAUUGCAAAUCGUAUAGAUAUAUUAUUAAUGCCAUAUAGACGAGAUCUGAAAUUAUGUCUGCUGAUUAGAGCCAUUUCACUUUCCUUAUGAUGCCAGUUAUUUCUAAAUAAUAUACUUCUUAGUCAAGGCUUCCUAACAUUCUAAUUUUAUAAUAAUUUUUAUUAUUAUUCUCAUAGUUUUCCAUUGAUUUUUUCUGUUAGCAUGAUUGUUGCAACUGAGCAACUUGAAAGGUUUGUUUCAAUUCAAUUCAAAUUUCUUUGUUUCUUCGACUAUUUAAGUAUAUUCUACUGGACUUAUAUCUGUACAUAAUACUUAGUAUGCUGCUUGGUUAAGAAAAGAUAUCACUAUAUUUGAAUUCAAUGUAGUUUUUAUGCUUAUGUUUAUUUCGCGCUUUUUUUUUAAGUUAUUGACUGUUUGGAAUUAUGCAAUGAUGUAAUUUGAUUUUUUAUUGAAAAUUGUCGAGAAGAAACUGUAUAUACAAAACUGAAAUAUUUUGCUGGCCAAUUAGAAUAUUUAGAGUACCAUUUAUAUUUUAGUGUGAAGCAUAAAUUGAGGUUUUCAAGUAAUUUGCAGCCCAAAUUGUGUAUACGUAAACUAAAAAAAAAAUAACACUGUAUUGAUUUUUUAAUAGGGAAUAAUUCCCUUUCUAUGUACUAGUAUAUAAAAGAAUUGAUUUAGUUUUUAUGAUUUUAGAACGUUGUACAUAUUAGAUGUAAGGUAUUUUUGUAAAAAGCUGCAAAUAAAGAUUUAUGAUAUG